AUGUUGGCUGUCACCAGUCACAUCCUUUUCCAUGUGCCAUAUCACAGCUUCCAUGAGAAUCUGCUCUAUGAUCUUGCCAGGAACCAAGAACUAGGUCAUGUGCUUGCCACAGGUGCACUGACAGAGGCAGAAGACAUGCUAUUAGAUCACCUGGUGAUCAAAAAAAAAAUUCUCGAAGGACUUCUUUCAAAGAAGUCACAACAGAAAUAAAAAAUGACCCCAUUAAAUUACAGGAAAAGGUUGUUUGUUCUGUCAAAAACAAACAUUUCUUAUGAAUAUGACAAAGGGAGAAAAGGAAGCAAGAGGGGAUCAAUUGAGAUUGAGAAAAUCCAAUGUGCUGAGACAGUGAAUCUUGAGGAAUCAACAACACCUCCUGCAAGACAUCCUUUUCAGGUUAACCAUGAAAUUUGUUUAAUUAGACUAAAAGUGCCAAUGAAAAAAACUUCAACAAAGUUGAAGCUGGCUGAACAUAAGCCAGCAGUGUGUCCAGGUGGCCAGAAGGCCAAUGGCAUCCCAGCCUGUAUCAGCGAUAGUGUGGCCAGCAGGAGCAGGGAGUGUCUGUCCCCCUGUACUGGGCACGGAUCUGCAAACAAGAUAGCCUCAAGAGGUAAAGCAUUACUUAAAUUCCUGCUUUUUUUCUUUCAUUCUUCCUUUCUUCUGGAUGGGAUUCUGUGUUGUACAACUGGGUCUGUGAAACCACUGCCUCCAGUCCUUCCAACUCUUGUAGGUGAAAAUUGUGGAAGCGUGCCCCGGAGACUAUCACCAGAGAAAUCAGUCCUGAAUGUUGCUGUGGCCCAAGGCAACUACAAACCUGAAGGUAAUUCAGCUAUCCAGCUUGUCAGAAGCAAUAAGUACUGUGUAUCACAAGAAAAAUAUUCUGACUGGUGGAAAAUAAUGGAUUGGGAAGGGAAUAGAGGAUUUGUAUCGAGCACUUACUUGAGAAAGCUGUCUCUGAAUGAUGAUAAGCCCAGGGAAAACUCCAGUGUCAGCAAAGAGACACUGGCAGAAGAGCAGAGUAUUGCUAAGCCUAACCCUGAGCACCAGUAUUACCUUGCUGAAAAUUACUGCUUUGAAUCAAUUCCCAAACUUAUACACUACCAUCAGCACAAUUUCACUGGCUAUCCUAUAUACUCUUUCUACUUGAUUGGUUUUGGCUUAGGCAUCUGGCCUUCUCAGCAUUAUGGUGAAUCUCUUCCAAUACUGAGCACUCCAAAUAUUGAGCUAUUCUUUUUGAGAGCUGCUAGGAACAGUUUGGUUGACAGCAAACUUACUGUGAAAGUAUCUGACUUUAGGAUGACUAGGUAUGUUCUGGAUGUUCUGUAUAUAAGUUCUCUAGGAACCAAGUUUCCAGUGUAGUGGUCAGCACAAGAAGUUUUUAAUUACACCAAGCUGAACAACAGGUCAGAUGUAUGGGCCUUUGGUAUCUUAAUGUGGGAGAUGUUCACUUUGGGAAAGUAGCCCUGUGAGCUUUAAUGUAGUAUGCCAGUUACUGAGAAAGUUUCUCAUGGAUACAGAUUUUAUAGAGCACAACAGGUUUCAAACACCACCUACUAGAUAAUGGACAAAUGCUGGCAUGAACUACCAGAAAAGCGCCCUGCCUUUUAUCAGCUCUUACCAUUUUUUGAGGCAUUGACAGAAGGCAACAGAGCUUGA